AUGGGCCCUGAGAAAAUGCGCACGGCAGACAUAGUGUACCUUUCUAUUGUGGGGCCGCUCAUGCUCGCAGCCUUCUUUGAGUGGUUGCUCUGGCUUGCGGCGUUCGUCUACUGCCUGGUGAAAGUGUAUCAGAAGGCUGAUCACUGGAGUAUCCGGGUACUUGCGGUGGUGAUGGCGGUACUAUUCAUCUUUCUGCGGCAAGUGAUGUCAAUUAUCCAUCCUCGGUGCAGUCUGCUAAUAUUUCUGGUCAUCAGCUUGGUCUUUCUUCCCGUGAUGAUCGUAACACUGCCCCUGCCAAGCCAAGUCACUCAGUUACUCCCUGUCCCUGCGGUCUUGUUCUUUCACUGGUUUGCGUUCUACUCAUUUUCGAUUCUCCUUAUCGGACCUUGGCUCAUCUGUGUGUACCGACUUGUCACCAGCUCUAUUGGAAGGAAAAAGAGAAUUGACAAAAUACUGGACGAGCGCUCCGCACCAAAGACAGUUGUUGUGAUGCCAGUAUACAAAGAGGAGCCAGAUGUUUUGAUUGCAGCGAUUGACUCUGUGGUGGAUUGCGACUAUCCCGCCGGUUGCAUCCAUGUCUUUCUAUCUUAUGACGGAGGUGGAGUGGACGAGCCAUACCUCCGAGUAAUCCAGCAUCUUGGCAUUUCAGCUCACCUCCGGGAGUACGUUCCAAGUAUCGACGUCGUUUACAAAGGUGCUCGGAUAACGGUUUCCCGAUUUCCUCAUGGCGGCAAGAGAAAGUGUCAGAAGAACACAUUCAAACUGAUCGAUAAAGUCUAUGCCCGGUAUAUCAAGCAACACGACGAUCUUUUCGUGUUAUUCAUUGACUCCGACUGCAUCCUAGAUCGGGUCUGCCUGCAGAAUUUCAUGUACGAUAUGGAGCUGAAGCCAGGGAGCAAGCAUACUAUGCUGGCAAUGACCGGCAUUAUUACCUCAACCACCAAGAAGAACAACGUGAUCACCAUUCUCCAGGACAUCGAGUACAUUCAUGGGCAGCUUUUUGAGCGCUCUGUUGAAUCAGCCUGCGGGUCUGUGACCUGCCUCCCAGGGGCAUUGACAAUUUUGCGCUUUUCUGCAUUUCGCAAGAUGGCCAAGUAUUAUUUUUCAGAUAAGGCCGAGCAGUGUGAUGAUCUAUUUGAUUAUGGGAAGUGUCACCUUGGCGAAGAUCGCUGGCUCACCCAUCUAUUCAUGAUCGGUGCUACGAAGCCGUAUCAGAUCCAGAUGUGUAUGGGUGCUUUUUGCAAGACCGAGGCUGUACAAACCCUAAGCAGCCUCCUGAAACAGCGGCGCCGAUGGUUUUUGGGAUACAUCACCAACGAAGUGUGCAUGAUCACCGACAUUCGGCUCUGGAAACGCUACCCGCUCCUAUGUCUGGUCCGGUUCAUGCAAAAUACCAUCCGGACCACGGCUCUAUUGUUUUUUAUCAUGGUUAUAUCACUCAUGACAACCUCACAGAAAGUGGCAGAUCUUCCACUCGCUUUCAUGGGUGUCUCUCUUGGGCUGAACUAUCUGCUUAUGUUUUACUUUGGCCUUCAGCUUAAACGAUUCAAGACCUGGCUAUACCCGCUGAUGUUCAUUCUCAACCCUUUCUUCAACUGGGCUUACAUGGUCUAUGGGAUAUUUACCGCUGGGCAGCGCACUUGGGGUGGGCCGCGCGCAGAUGCUGCCACCGCGGAUGAUCAUACAACUCCCGCCGAGGCGGUUGAGCAGGCUAGGGCGCAAGGCGAUGAACUCAAUGUCGACGUGAACACAUUUCACACGUCCAUUGUCUCUCGAAGGAGGUCCGUCCCCAUUCGUCCCUCGAAACUGGUUGAAGGACGUUUCACGCCGGCCGAGCAACCUCUCGACGAUAAGUAUCGCAGUCCCAGCAAGCCCGGUCCUUCUCAACGGCCAGUUUCCGGGCCUUUGUGCUUUCCGCCUCACGCGUUUCGCGACUCGGCGGAGUCGCUGUUUAGUGUGUCUUCUGAUGCUGGCUUCAAUACGGUUUCUCUGCCACGUAAUGUGGAGAGCCUCAUGGAAGAGGACGACCAACAGAAGUUUUUUAGUGCCCGUCGAGCUAGUGCGACAUCAGAAUGCUCGCUAAAAUCCGGUGCUGAUAAGACGCCUCUUGGAGAUAUUGGGAGAAACGAGGUAGAUAUGGACCAUCUAAAAUCUAGUGUCAUGGACUCAAGCACAUUGGAUACGAAGGCCCUUCAAUCAUCUUCUUGUCGCCACGGUUCAGACUUGGCUGAUCCUUCAUUUACGCACCCCUCUGAUGCUGUUUUGGACAACAAGAUUCCCAGCAAAGUCCCCGGCCGCAAGAACAACAAGAUGGUGUAG